AGUAAAUCCGCAUGUGCUUUGUGCAUGUAUGUUAGUGAAUGCGUGUGUGUGUGUGUGGGUGCGUGUGGUUCUCUUUAUGUGUGUGCCCUGGUUUGUGCAAAUGUGAACGAACAAAAAUAUGUGGAUGAGUGCAUUUGUAUAUAUGUGCAUGUUCAUAUAAGUGCAUGUGUAUAA